AUGGGUGAUAUUGAUAAUUCAAUAAAGAUGAGUGUUAAGUGGAAUGGAAAAGAAUAUGAACUACCAGAACUAGCUCAAUCUGAUUCAGUUGCGAUGUUGAAAGUGGCCAUCGAAAAUGCCACUGGAGUACGACCGGAAAGGCAAAAGCUUUUGAAUGUUAAAUUUCAAGGCAAGGUAGCCAAUGACAAUUAUACUUUGUCGGAGUUAAAUCUUAAGCAAAACCUUAAAAUAAUGAUGAUGGGGUCGUUAGAAGAAGCCAUUGAGGGUGCAAUGUCAAAACCAGACAUUGGUGAAGAAGUGGUCAAUGACUUGGAUAUUGAGGAAGAAGAAAUUGAUGUAGAAAAUCAGGAGAUAUACUUAGCAAAAAUAAACAAGAGAGUAAAAGACUACAAAAUAAAGGUGCUAAACGAGCCUCGUCCCAACAAAAAGCUGUUAGUAUUGGACAUAGACUACACAUUGUUUGACCACAGAUCUGUUGCUGAAACUGGUUUUGAACUAAUGCGGCCAUUCCUCCAUGAAUUUUUAACAUCAGCCUACAAAGACUAUGAUAUUGUCAUCUGGUCUGCCACCGGAAUGAAGUGGAUCGAGGAGAAAAUGAAGCUACUUGGUGUAUCUGUGCAUCCGGAAUACAAGAUCAUGUUCUACCUGGACUACUUAGCUAUGAUAACUGUGCAUACUCCCAAAUAUGGAACCAUAGACGUAAAACCCCUUGGCGUAAUUUGGGGCAAAUAUCCACAAUACAGCUCCAAAAACACAAUAAUGUUGGAUGAUAUACGAAGAAACUUUAUUAUGAACCCAAAGAGCGGACUCAAGAUCCGCGCAUUCAGACAAGCGCAUUUAAACAGAGACAAAGACGAGGAAUUACUGCAUUUAAUUACAUAUUUAAAGGACAUUGCCACUUUUUGUGAUGACUUUGAUACAUUAAACCACAAGAAAUGGGAGAAAUAUAGGCCGCCACGGAAGAGUAAACACGCCAGUAAGAGGAAAGCUGAGGAUAAUUCUGACAGCUCAGGGGCUGCUGCCAACUAA